AUGGACCAGCAGAAGCGCUCGCCGCCGUACGAGGGCCACUCGUCUGGCUCAGAAGCCAGGCAAUUGACUCCCGGUGCGAAGAAGCGGCCUUCAAGAGCAGGCACUCGCAGUGUCACUACUCUGACUGCUGCUCAGCUGGAACGCAAGAGGGCAAACGACCGAGAAGCACAACGGGCCAUCCGCCAAAGAACAAAGGACCACAUCGACACUCUCGAGCGUCAAGUUCGCGACCUGACAGCACAGCUCGAGAACAACUCGUCCACCAAGAUGAUGGACCUCAUCAGGAGGAACGAAGAGUUGGAGCAAGAGAACGCCGUCCUCCGCUCGCGCCUGUCACACGCAGUCUCAGCCCUAGGCGUCCCGGAACAAGGAGCAGGUGCACCUUCACCCAGUGAUCGCGUCCAGAUGCUCAGCCAACCUCGGCGAAUGUCGACGGGGACGGCAAGGAGCGCUCACUCUGUGCCCGAAAUAGCAACGCCUGUCUCGCAGCCGGGCCAUUGGCAGCAGCAGCAUACGUAUGCUCAUCACGUUUCGUCGCCACAUGUCGAUACGCCACCUGCCAUGGGUGAAGUGCAAGCGCCUCAGCACGAGGCUGUCCGCUGGAGUCCUCAUCCUGGCCACCCCCAGCAGCAACAACAGCACCAUCAAGUUUCGAUGCCAGUACAAGAUGCGUCGGUGCAUGCCGUUGAGCAGCCAAACAUGUCAUAUCCCAGCCCAUAUGUCAUGGAAAGCAACGCGCGAGCCAUGUCAUACCCACUCGAGAAUGCGUCCAUGGUCACUUCGCAGCCCAUGCCAAUGUCAGGGUAUGGUACGCCGACGUCGCAUCCUUCGCCGCACGCUUCCGAGUACCAACGACACAUGAGCGUACCCAUGCAUCACCAGCCUGUACAGGGCCAGGGCCCACCCCAGCAUCAGCAGCACCACACUUCUGCGCCUUACGGCUCGUAUCCGGUCGGUCCUCAGCAGGGCUACACACCGCAAGGCAACCACGGCGGCGAGAUGCCCAUGAUGCACGCACAGCACGGUCAGGCCCAGAUGAUGAACGAGCAAGGGCAACACAUCAUGUACCAGCCGUAUCAACCCAACAUGAAGGUUGAGCACUCUGGCUGA